AUGUGGUGGACAUUCAGCGUGCUCUUCAGCGCCGUCUUCCUCUUCAGCAUCGUCCUCUCCAUACCCGUCGCCUUUGACGUCGGCGGCCGCGACUCGGGCCUCGCCUACAGCCUCGCCCUCUUUGUCUACUACGUCGCCUACUCGUGCCUGCGCAUCGCCGUCCCCGAAAAGUCGCGCUUCGGAUGGUCCGUCCACGCCUUCCUGCGCCUCUCCCAGUGGGUCGUGAUUCCCGCCCUGCUCAUCUGGGCCCUCGGCCAGUUCGCCAUUGACGCCCCGGGCUCCGGCUGGGUCGAGCGCACCCUCAGCCGCGGCGGCGGCAUCCUCCACGCAAAGACGCCCGCCUCGUGGUCCGAGUACUUCUUCGGCAAGAAUGGCCUGCUCGAGACCGUCACCCUCGGCGUCUGGGACAACAUCCUGCGCUACUCGGGCCCCGUCUUCCAGCUGCUCGAGGGCUUCUGCACCUUGCUCGUCAUCCAGGCCGCCGGCCAGAUCACCCGCUGGCUCGUGAACCGCGGACGCAGCGACACCUGGGUCAUUGUGCUCCUCGUCUUCUCCGCCUCCAUCAUCGCCAGCGCCGUCUACUUUCUCUGGCGAGUCGCCCAGUUCCCGCAAAUCAGCAACUUUGAUGCCACGCUCAUUGGCGUCACCAUGACCACCGCCGUCUUCCUGUGCGCCUACGGUAUUGGAAGCGGCCGCGGCAGUCCUGUCGAGUCGUCGCUGCUCUUUGCCUACGUCGUUCUCUGCGUCUACCAAAUCUUUACCGACUACAUGCCUUCCGGCUCGGCCGCCAAUCCCGAGGAUAUUGGCGUCGCCCAGCCCGAGUUUCCACCUCUGCCGCCCAUCAUCAUGGCCUCGUACUCGACCGUCAUGCACCUCCUCAGCUCCCUGCCGAGUGCCAUGCACUCGUCGCUCGCCUUUCUCUACGCCGCCUUUCAAACUAUCACGCCGUCCGUCAUCAUCUCGCUCACCUACAGACUCCUCGUCUUUUACUGCGCGACCCGCAUCAUUCCCUCGGUCCGUGACCUCGGCGCCAGAGCCCUGCUGCGGGAUCCCGACUUUGACGACACCGAAACCUCGAGCGUCUUUCUGGGCAUUCUCAGCUGGUUCUCCCCGUCGAUCCUCGUGGCCGUUUACACCAGCCUGCUGCUGCAGCACUUUUCCGCCAGCGAAGGCCCCGACGGCUGGACGUUAAGGGCCGGUGAUGCCGGCAGCAGCAACUGGCGCUGGAUCAACGUCGGCCUCACCAUGGUCCUGUACGGUGUCGAGCUCUACCUCGGCACUGAGCAACAAGACCACUGGAAGGUGGACUAA